AUGGCGGCGCUGCAGGAGAAGAAGUCGUGUCGCCAGCGAAUGGAGGAGUUCAGGCACUACUGCUGGAACCCGGACACCGGCCAGAUGCUGGGCCGGACCCUGUCCCGGUGGGUGUGGAUCAGCCUCUACUACGUGGCGUUCUACGUGGUGAUGACCGGCAUCUUCGCUCUGUGCCUGUACGUGCUCAUGCAGACCAUCGACCCCUACACGCCCGACUACCAGGACCAGCUCCAGUCGCCAGGGGUGACCUUACGGCCCGAUGUCUAUGGGGAGAAAGGCCUGGAGAUUUCCUACAACGUCUCUGACAACAGCACCUGGGUGGACCUCACGCGCACCCUGCGCACCUUCCUGGCAGGUUACUCGCCAGAGUCGCAGGAGAACAGCAUCAACUGCACAUCCGAGAAGUACUUUUUCCAGGAGGGCUUCAAGGCUCCAAACCACACCAAGUUCUCCUGCAAGUUCACAGCAGACAUGCUGCAGAACUGCUCAGGCCUGGUGGAUCCCAACUUUGGCUUCGAAGAGGGAAAGCCGUGCUUUAUCAUUAAAAUGAACAGAAUUGUCAAGUUCCUCCCCAGCAACAGCUCGGCCCCCAGGGUGGACUGCGCCUUCCUGGACCAGCCCCGCGCGGGGGCCCAGCAGCUGCAGGUGGAUUACUACCCGCCCAACGGCACCUUCAGCCUGCACUACUUCCCCUACUACGGGAGGAAGGCGCAGCCCCACUACUCCAACCCUUUGGUCGCAGCGAAGCUUCUCAACGUCCCCAGGAACAAGGAAGUCGUUGUCGUGUGCAAGAUCCUAGCAGACCACGUGACCUUCGACAACCCCCACGACCAGUACGAGGGGAAAGUGGAGUUCAAACUCCGAAUCCAGAAGUGA